AUGAGCUUGAGAGUCCCAGUAUCUAUCUAUCUAUGUAUCUAUCUAUCUAUCUAUCUAUACAACACUAAUAUUCCACAGUUAUUUCUCUUCUUUCUCUCUCCGUUUGACGAUUAUUUUAUUUUAAAAUCAUUCUUUGAUCUUGUUCUCUUUUCCUUAAAUGUUUUUUUUGUCUCUAUUUUCACCCUUUUCCUUCACUUCUCUAAUUUAAUUCAUUUGGUUUGUUACUAUCUGUCUGUCUAUCUAUCUAUCCAACUCUUUCUUUCUUUCUUUCUUUCUUUUUGUCUGUCUGUCUGUUUAUUUGCCUGCCUUUCUGUCUUUCUGUCCGUCUUUCUUUCUUUCAAUCUAUCUAUCUAUCUAUCUAUCUAUCUAUCUAUCUAUCUAUCUAUCUCUUUCUUUGUUUCUUUUUGUCUCUCUAUCUCUGUCUGUUUAUUUGUCUGCCUUUCUGUCUUUCUUUCUUUCUUUCUUUCUUUCUUUCAAUCUAUCUAUCUAUCUAUCUAUCUAUCUAUCUAUCUAUCUAUCUAUCUAUGUUUCUUUUGUCUCUCUGUCUGUCUGUUUAUUUGUCUGCCUUUCUGUCUGCCGUUCUUUCUUUUUUUUCUUUCAACCUAUCUAUCUAUCUAUCUAUCUUAG